UCACCGAUCACAGAAAGAGCCGAAGAUGUUGGCUCAGUCAUGUGAUCAAUCACAGCUGAUCACAUGGGACAUGUACACUGAUCAUCAGGGCACUGAUGAUCAAUGUAGCCCCAGCAGUGCCACCUGUCAGUGUCCAUCAGUGCCUUGUGUCAGUGCUCAUCAAUGCCUCAUGCCAGUGCCCAUCAGUGUCUCAUCAAUGCCACAUAUCAGUGCCUACCAGUGCACAUCAAUGCCACAUAUCAGUGCCCAUCUGAGCUGCCUUUCAGUGUCACCCAUCAGUGCCAGUCAGUGCCACCUAUCAGUGCUGCCAAUCAGUGCCGCCUAUCAGUGCGCAUCAGUGCCGCCUAUCAGUGCGCAUCAGUGCCUGUCAGUGUCACCUAACAGUGCCAGUCAGUGCCACCUAUCAGUGCCGCCUAUCAGU